GAAACGAAGAAGAAGAACAAGUAGCUAAUUGAGCUAGCCUAGCUGCAGGCUUUAUUUAGGGAAAUAUGGCUGCUGUGAUCCCCGUGAGACCGCCCUGCGACAGCAACCCCGCUACACCUGGAGCACAAUCCAUAAAGGAAGAUGUAAUAGAAGAGGAGUCGAAUGAUGGCAGCCAGGUACCGAAGAGAAGGAGGAUUGGUUCAGGGGACAGCUCUCGAAGCUGCGACACCUCCAGUCAAGACCUGGGGCCGACAUAUUUCCCAGCAGAGAACCUGACAGAGUACAAGUGGCCUCCAGAUGACACAGGAGAGUAUUACAUGCUGCAGGAGCAGGUCAGCGAGUAUCUGGGAGUCACAUCCUUCAAGAGGAAGUACCCUGAUCUGGAGAGAAGAGAUUUGUCCCACAAAGAGAAGCUUUACCUGCGUGAACAGAACGUCAUCACUGAAACACAGUGUACUCUGGGUCUGACAGCUCUGCGGAGUGACGAGGUGAUAGAUCUGAUGAUAAAGGAGUAUCCCACCAAACAUGCUGAAUAUUCAGUCAUACUGCAGGAGAGAGAGCGGCAGAGAAUAGCUAAAGAGUACUCUCAAAUGCAGACGCAGAAUCCUCAGAUUGAGGCCAGCAAGGUUCCCGAGUACAUUAAGAAGGCAGCUAAAAAAGCUGCAGAGUUCAACAGUAACUUCAACAGGGAGCGUAUGGAAGAGAGGCGAGCCUACUUUGACCUCCAGACACAUAUUAUCCAGGUGCCCCAGGGCAGGUUCAAGGUACUGGCUCCAGAAAUGACAAAGUCGGGGCCUUAUCCCGUGGCUCUCAUACCAGGACAGUUCCAAGAAUACUACAAAAGGUACUCUCCCAACGAGCUGCGAUACCUGCCGUUGAAUACAGCUCUGUUUGAGCCUCCACUGGACCCAGAGCUCCCUGCAUUGGACUCAGAACCAGACUCAGAUGAUGCAGAGGAUGGCAAGGGGGACAAAAAAAACAAAUCAUCUGACAGUUCUUCAGGCAACACGUCAGAUGUGGAGAGCCAGGAGGGCGGAGGUAAACCAGGCCAGAAGUCCAAGGCCAAAGACAGGACAUCCACUCCGGGCAAAGAUGGCAGCCAGCGUCAUUCUGCCUCCCACAAAGCCACCCCAGGGUACAAGCCUAAGGUCAUUCCCAAUGCUAUAUGUGGCAUUUGCCAGAAGGGUAAAGAGGCCAACAAGAGGGGCCGGCCAGAGGCUCUCAUUCACUGCUCCCAAUGCGAUAACAGCGGCCACCCGUCCUGCUUGGACAUGAGCAAGGAUCUGGUGAGUGUGAUCCAGACGUACCGCUGGCAGUGUAUGGAGUGUAAGACGUGCACGGUGUGUCAGCAGCCCCACCAUGAGGACGAGAUGAUGUUCUGUGACAAAUGUGACCGAGGAUACCACACGUUCUGCGUCGGCAUGGACUCCAUACCCACUGGCCUUUGGGUGUGUGAGGUUUGCGACAAAGAUUUCAGUACACCGAAGAAGAAAGGAGGAGCCAAAACACCUAAGAAGUCCAAGUCGGCUCAAAAAUGAUCGACAGCCUCUUUAGUAAUGAUACCUUGACCAAAUUCCUCACAAAUGUAAAUCCAGUCUUUUUUUCCAACUGUACAUACACAGGCUGACACUAGAAAAUAAAUGUAUUUAUCUUUUCUGUGACAGCUUUAAUGACAUCUAUAAGGCAUCAGCUUAGAAAACUGUCUUUCCAUCACCAAGCCAAACCUUAAAUCAUGUGUGAUUAUACCUCAAAUGUACAUCUCAAAAACAUCUAGAUGAGGCGUUAUCUUGAGAAAAGCAACGCUGUUCAAUAGAGAUUUUGUGAAGCCAGACCUCAUACUUAAUAUCGUCAAUAAUAAACACCCUCCUGUGAUCUGCUAACCACUAACGGUAUCAGUACAUUCCUGAUUCAUUCAAACUGAUAAAUCUUGUGGUGUCUGUCCCUCAACAUUUCUCCAGUGGGAAAUGUGUUUCAGGAGAACAAAUGGUGCUUUUGACCCGGUACUACUGAGACAAUCGAGCUCAAUGAUGUUAUUCUUUUUACUUUUUUAUGGUUUUGUAUUUUCUAUGGUUUUUCUAUUUUUUAUUACCAUUUAUUUCACGAGGUGGGUCAGUAAAAAGCAAUCUUGUUUUUAAAAAAUCCUGAUUGAAUUAUGACAUGGUGCUAGUGACUCUGCGUAGUCAUAUGUAAUAGACACUGGCUCUCUGAGACCUCAUGGCUGCAGUAGGUAUUUAUGCAAGUCUUCACAUGCAUUGAUUUAGUUGUCAACCCUCAACUAGUAAUUGUACAAAAUGUUAACCACUCACUGUAAUUACAUUGAACUUAAACAUCCAUUAGCCAACUGAUACUUUUGCAGUCAGCUUGAAAGAUUAUUUUGUAUUUUGUUUCCCCCUUUUUUGUAUUGUCACCCAGUAGGCAGUUUGCUUAAGAAACAUGUGUUGCUAAUAAUGUCGUAGUCACUGAAUUAUGAAGUGUAUUUUUAAUAAAAGCUACUUAAAACCGA